UUUGCCGCUUUUUAUAAUAUGAAAUAUUGAACAGACGGUUUAACCUCCAAAGGAGAAAUAAACUAGUUCAUGUCUGUCAGCUCUACGCCGCCGGGAACCAGAAACUUGUUUCUGAGUCUUCUCAACUCGGUCAAAACCCUUUCUCAGCUCACUCAAACUCAUGCUCAAAUCAUCCUCAAUGGCCAUCAAAACGACCUCUCAACUAUCACUAAACUCACCCACAAACUCUGUGACUUCAACGCUCUGUUUUACGCAAAAGCUCUCUUCAAUUCCGUCUCAAGACCCGAUCUUUUCCUGUUCAAUGUCCUCAUUCGUGGCUUCUCAAGCAAUAACAACCCUCAUGCUUCAAUUUUGUUGCUCACCCACUUGAGAAAAAACACUAAUCUUAAGCCUGACAAGUUCACUUAUUCGUUUGCUGUAUCCGCGGCGUCUAAUUUUGUUGAUCAUUGUGUUGGUCUUUUGUUGCAUGGACAGACGAUUGUUGAUGGGUAUGCGUCUGAUUUGUUUGUCGGUUCUGCUUUGGUUGAUUUGUAUUUCAAGUUCUCACGUGUAGAGUCUGCGCUUAAGGUGUUUGACGCAAUGACUGAGAGGGAUACAAUUUCCUAUAAUACCAUAAUUUCUGGUUUGGUGAAGAACGCUUGUUUUGAGGAUUCUAUUUUGGUUUUUGCAAAUAUGUUUAGUGACGGGAUAAAGUUGAAUGCAACUAGUUUGGCUGCUGUGCUUCCGGCUGUCACAGAGUUGCAGGAGUUGAGAAUGGGGAUAGAGAUUCAGUGUUUGGGUUUGAAAUUGGGAUUUCAUGAUCAUGGUCAUGUGCUUACUGGGUUGGUUUCAUUGUAUUCAAAAUGUGGUGAGAUUGAGAACGCAAAGAUGUUGUUUAGGGAGAUUGAUCGACCUGAUUUGAUAUCUUGUAAUGCGAUGAUAUCUGGGUAUACUUGCAAUGGUGAGACUGAAGCUUCGGUUAUGCUGUUUAAAGAAUUGCUGGCUUCAGGAGAAAAAGUUAAUUCAAGCACAAUUGUGGGAUUGAUUCCUGUGUUUUAUCCAUUUGGUUAUUUACAUCUCACUGAUUGUAUUCAUGGUUUUUGUGUGAAAGCUGGUAUUGUUUCACAUUCUUCUGUAUCAACUGCUCUGACUACUGCUUAUGGUAGAUUAAAUGAAAUUGAAGCUGCAAGGCAGCUUUUUGACGAGUCUUCAGAGAAAAGUUUAGCUUCCUGGAAUGCCAUGAUAGCUGGUUAUACCCAAAAUGGUUUGACAGAGAAUGCAAUUUCUCUCUUCCAGGAAAUGCAGACAUCCAAAGUCAUUCCGAACCCUGUAACUGUUACAAGUAUUCUUUCUGCAUGUGCUCAACUUGGAGCUUUAAAUAUGGGGAAAUGGGUACAUGGUUUAGUGAAGAGCAGUAAUUUUGAGUGUAAUAUAUUUGUGUCAACUGCUUUAAUUGACAUGUAUGCAAAAUGUGGAAACAUCAUGGAGGCUCGACGGUUAUUUGACUUGGUUCCAAAGAAGAAUGAGGUGACUUGGAAUGCCAUGAUUUCUGGAUAUGGACUCCAUGGACAUGGGCAAGAAGCACUAAAGCUAUUUUCCGAGAUGUUGCAUUCUGGCAUUCGGCCAACUGGGGUUACAUUUCUUUCUGUCUUGUAUGCUUGUAGUCACGCUGGGUUAGUGACCGAAGGAGAUGAAAUAUUCAAAUCCAUGGUUCAUGAUCAUGGUUUUGAGCCAUUAGCUGAGCAUUAUGCAUGCAUGGUUGAUAUCCUUGGUCGAGCUGGAAAAUUAGAGAAAGCCUUGGAAUUUAUCAGGGGUUUGCCAGUUGAACCAGGCCCUGCUGUGUGGGGUGCGUUGCUUGGUGCUUGCAUGAUUCAUAAAGACACAAACCUGGCCCGUGUGGCUUCUGAAAAGCUAUUUGAAUUGGAUCCUGAAAAUGUAGGGUAUUAUGUGUUACUCUCAAAUAUUUACUCAGCUGAGAGAAACUACCCACGGGCUGCAUCUGUACGACAAGUAGUCAAGAAUAAAAAGCUUGCAAAGACUCCUGGGUACACUCUAAUUGAGAUUGGUAAUACUCCUCAUGUCUUCACAUCUGGCGAUCAGCUCCAUCCGCAAGCAAAAGCAAUUUAUGCAAUGCUAGAGAAGUUGAAUGGAAAGAUGAGAGAGGCUGGAUUUCAGACAGAGACUGUCACAGCUCUCCAUGAUGUGGAGGAGGAAGAGAAAGAGCAAAUGGUGAAUGUUCACAGUGAGAAGUUGGCCAUUGCGUUUGGCCUUAUUGCCACUGAACCUGGAAGCGAAAUUAGGAUCAUUAAAAAUCUCCGGGUUUGUUUAGACUGCCAUACGGCAACUAAAUUUAUAUCAAAGAUUAUGGAAAGAGUCAUUGUGGUAAGAGAUGCGAAUAGGUUCCACCAUUUUAGUGAUGGUGUAUGCUCUUGUGCGGAUUAUUGGUGAAAAAACUGUACACUAGAGGUGGCAGUGGGACGUUUUGGGUCAGUCCCGGCCAGCUCUGGCGUGGCCCACCCUGUCUACGUGCUUUCUUGUGUUGGGCCAAGACCUGUACAGUAACAGCCUGGCCCGCAAAAAUACCAGAGUCUACGACACAAUCCACACUUUAGAGGGUUGUGUUGUAUUGGCCUUUAAUGGGCUGACCCAUUAAUUAAAUAAGAAAAUAAUUUUUUAUUUUAA